AUGUCCAACCCAAGCUCAAGAUUUAUUGCCAAUUAAUUGGAGAGAAAUCCAAACUACUAGAAUGAGUCAAGAGCUAACCCUGCAAAUGUCCGCCUCCACGAUAACAAUCAUAGACUGGGUAGACUCAAUCGCACUCCUUACUCGUGUAGUCAGAGUUCAUUCAAUACUUCUAACCAAAAUAAACAGUAAAAUAAUAGAGAUGCAUCAUCUCAGGAUUCCCGCUAAGGAACCUCAUUCUAUGAAAUGAUCAAGUCUACGGUAUUUGGUUUGUUUCAGAAAAGUUCUCAAACUUAGUCCUAGCAAUCACAAAUACCAAGCGAGAGUUAAACUCUUAAACUUGCUCGAGCAUCUAAUUUGCAAGAUCCCGACGCCUAAGACGAUGAUGACAAUUUGUCUGCGAUAGAGCUAGAAUAAUAUGAUUAGAUAUAUGAUUUAUAGUGGGAUCAAAGACACAAAGAUAAUAGGUAAAAAGGAAACUUCAGCUUUUAGUAAACUCCAAUGUCAGGUAACAGUGUUGUUUAAAGCAAACGUGAUAAGGCAGUCAAUCAUAAUAUCAAUGAAAAAGCCAUAAUUUAGUCACAUUUGCAGCCCAGAAUCAAGAAUUAAGAUUCAAAUUUCCAUUCUGUAAAUCAAAAUUAUCAAUAUCCAAGGGUCAAUCAACAGCAGUAGCAUACCCAAAAUCAAGUCAUGAGUUCGCAAUAAUCAGCCAAGAGCUAAUUGUAAAUGAGUGAUAAAAAAAAGCCGCAAGAUGUCUAGAUGCUUACUUAAUAAAUGAGCCAAUAAAGUUUAAACAAUUAAAGCAGUAUGUUAGGAAGUAGCAUAAAUUCUCAAGGACCUUCAAAUAGUUAAACACUUUCAAUGUGGUCCAAAUACAACAUUAACGCAUAUAAAAAUUGUCCCAUUAUAAUGAACUCAACCAAGAAAAAUACACUUAAAUGUAUUAAGCUCAUUGCUCUAAAGGUCCCAAAGAAGUUAAUUACUUCAGAUAACAGAUAGGACCUAAUAAUGAAGAUCCCUAGAGAUUAGAACUAUCUUGUCUUUAAUCCUAAAGUUAAGAAACUCUCAAGACCACCUUUAAAUUUCGUUCAUGGGCCUAUAGGAACAAUAUACGAUGACUUUGAGCUUUAGAGCAUGAAUCACUAUUUGGCGGAUAAUUUAUUAAAGAAUUAAAUUGCCUAGAGACGCAAAAGAUCAUACGACAAUACAACAAAUGAAACUGGAUCAAUAGUAGAAAUGCCUUCAAAUUACCACAACCCUAGAAUGCAAAGAGCAAAGCUUGAUGAUAGCGGAGAUCAUUUAAUGCAAAGCCAAACUAUUAAGUAUUAAGAUGCAGCUAGCAAAGACAUAUAAAUCAAAAAGGUUUCUAGAUUUAUGAAUUAAAAAGAAAUGAAUAGAUUUGAAAAAGAGUAUCAAAAUAUUUCAAAGAUUUAAGAUGAUAUGAAAAGGGAAAUCGCUAUUAAGGAUCUUUAUUGUUCGUUCAGUCAAAUUAUAGAUAAGAAAUUGAAAGAACAGGAAAAGGAUAAGAAUAAAAAGUACUUGACUAAUUAAGCGAAGAGUGGAUAUAAUGAUGGAGUAAAGCCAUCUGAAAUUUAUGAUAUUUAACAAAGGAUAGCAGAUUAGUAGAAGUAAGAAAUGAAAAGUUUUGUCUAAGAAUGCUUGAAGUAGUUUGAAAAUAAGAUUAUAUCUGAGUACAAGAAAGAUAUCCAAGAGGUCAAAGAGUCAUAAUUCCAAUCUUAGUAAUCUAUGAAAGAAGAAUUGCAUUCAUCUUAGCAAAACCUAUGUGCACCUGAAUAUCUAGAUCAGAUUAAAGAGAUGAUCAAACAAAGUCAGAAGAAUAUUGAAGAGUUAUUAAUUCAAAACAAAGAUGUGAGUCAGUAAAUCAGUAAAAUGAAUUCAAAUGAAAAAUUGUCUGAUAGAUCAUACAGUCUGAAGGAGCUCUGUAGCGAUUCUCCCAGCAAAAAAGACAUUGUAAAAUUUAAUGCAGACAUCAAAGCCUAGCAAUCAGUGAGCACUGAUAACAAAAAUACUACAUCUUUUCAAUUUAAACCUUUAAGCAGCACUAAUGUUAAAACUCUAGAGAUAUAACAUAAGCCUUUAAACGAGAGUUCCCCUUCUUUCGGAGACAAAUCCGAUAACACUAUUAAAAACCAAGAUUCCUUUGUGAGUGAAAAUAUUUCAUCUAAUGAUCCUUCAAGCCCCAAAGAAAAUGCUCAAACUAAACCCCCAAAUAUUUCAACUGACACAAAUUAGCAGGAUGUUCAGCCAAAGUUUUAGUUCAAAAUUAAUGUAGUGCCAUCCACUAAUAAUGUAACGAGUAAUUAAGCAUCAGCUAAUGUAAAGGCUAAUGAAUCAGGAUAAAAUCAAGCGGUAAUUUCAACAACAUCUAGUAAUCCAUUCCUUAAAAAUUAAGUUUCAAGCAAUACUACGAAUACUACAACAACUACAACUACGACAGCUAAUCCAUUUUUACAGCCAAAAGCAGCAUCUAAUCCCUUCUUAUCAGGAGCUGGAUCAGCCACCCCCGCUGUAGUAACAACCCCUGGAUUUAGCUCUAACACCAAUAAUUCGACAGGUGCAGCUAUUUAAAGUCAAUUCAAAAGUCCAUUUGCAGCAAAUAACUCACAGACUCCUUAGAAUAAUUUUAAUAGCCAAACCUAAUCAUCAACUCCAGCAUAGAAUAAUCCAUUUGUCUAGAACAAUAAUAGCAACACUAGCUCAGGAGCUAAUUUCUAAUCUUCAUCCGGAGGAAUGAACAACCCAUUUAAUCAAAACAAGUCAGGAGCAUCAAACAAUUUUACCAUGAAUAAUAAUUCUUCAAGUGGAAGUGGGAAUAAUUUCUAAACAAGUUUUAACACUAAUCCAUUUGCAAAUAAAUAAGGAUCAGGCGGAAGUAAUUAGCCAUCAAACUCAUUUUAAUCUAAUUCAAAUGGCAAUAAUCCUUUUGCAGCAAAUAAGCCAACUACUUAACCCUUUAAUAAUGCUACAAAUUUUUAGUCCGCAAGCAAUGGUAGCAAUCCAUUCGCUUCAAACUCAGGAGGAAGUAAUAACUUUAAUAUUAAUCCAAACAAUAAUAACAACAUUCAGAGAAGUUCAUUCAAUGCAGGUGGUAGUGGAAGUGGAGCGGGAGGUUCAAAUCCCUUUAUUAGCAAUAACUAAAAUCAAAAGCCAAAUAAUCCAUUUUCAUCUAAUACUCCUGGAGGUGGAAAUUUCAACAGUGGCGGCAAUCCUUUUAACAGUGGAAAUAGUAAUUUUAGCUAAAAUAAUAAUUCUGGAGGUGCUGGUAGCUUUGCACUCGGUAAGAAAGUUACUGGUAAUAAUAAGUCAAAUGACGCAGAUGAUGAUCUAUUUGCUGAUCGCAAAAUAUUUAAAGCCAAGAGGAACUAUUGA